UGGCAGAGAAGGCUUCUGGUUCCCUCUAAAAAAUCCCCAUGGCUUCUUCUAUUCUUUCUGCUGUUCUUCGUCUUCAUCAUCUUCCCAACUAUCUCUCUCCCCAUUUUACCCUUCAUUCACCUACAAUCUCCCACCAUGCCCCUUCUCUUCACUGCUCUGCGCCAGUUUUUUACAUUAAUUCUCUCAAAUUCUUCAAGUCCUCAAGAACGGUCCCUUUUGCUGUCACAGAAUCCGAUUCCCCUAAAUCCCUUGAACCCGACCCGCAGGCACUUCUUCAAGAAGUUGCUGACAGUUUUGUUCUCCCUGCGGAUUUUUUCUCUCGGCUGCCUCGCGAUCUUCGUCUCGAUUUGAAUGAUGCAGCCUUUGAUCUUUCAAAUGGUCAAGUUAAAACUGAGUGUGGUGAAGAUCUCGGGGAGGCAUUGCUAAAUAUAAGUCGAGCAUGGGAACAAGCUGACACAUCAACAUCCACAGCUUUAAUGAAGACAGUUCCUCAGCUGGCAGGCUCUUUGACAGGUUAUCAAAAAUCAGCACUUGGAAAGCGCUUAUUAUCUGCUGGAAGGAGGUUUCAAUCCAUGGGACAGUAUGGUCAGGGUGAAGUGCAGCUGAUUGCUGAAGUGAUGAUGAGGAAUGGAAAGCUCUUGUCUGCAAGUCCAGUAUCUGGAGGUACUGAUGAAGAACCAAAGCAACAAAUCCGGACCUUUAAGUUUGGUGAGCUUCAGGUUGCACUGACUUCAGAAAAAGCGUACAUUGGAGCUGCUAUUGGUGCUGUAUUUGGGGUUCUUUCUUGGGGAUUAAGCCAAGGUGUUGCAAGUAUACCUGAAAGCUCAUUGCAGUAUGCAAAUGACAAUGCUUUGUUACUUGCUAAGUCACUGCGUGGAUCUCUUCUCGUAAUUUUCUAUUCCUCUACAGCCUUAUCCGCUUUUGCUACAGUGGGACUUGUUUUACUUGCCGGACAACAUUCCACAAAUAUGGCCUCUUUGAGCUGCUCCGCCGCCGAGCUGAGCCCACUUCUGGGCGGAGCCGUGAACGCCACGGGGGCGGCGAGCUUCAUCUGCAGCCAGUUCACGGCGUUCUCCGCCCAGCUGACUGCCACGAAAUUCGCGGUGGACAACACGUACCUCCUCUUCUCCGCCUACCUCGUGUUCGCCAUGCAGCUCGGCUUCGCCAUGCUCUGCGCCGGCUCCGUCCGCGCCAAGAACACCAUGAACAUUAUGCUCACCAACGUCCUCGACGCCGCCGCCGGCGGCCUCUCAUAUUACCUCUUCGGCUUCGCCUUCGCUUUCGGCUCCCCCUCCAACGGCUUCAUCGGCCGCCAUUUCUUUGGCCUCAAACACUUCCCUACUCCUAACGCUGACUAUAGCUACUUCCUUUAUCAAUGGGCUUUUGCCAUAGCUGCUGCAGGAAUCACAAGUGGGUCCAUAGCAGAAAGAACACAAUUCGUGGCAUACCUCAUCUACUCUUCAUUUCUGACCGGUUUUGUGUACCCAAUAGUUUCGCACUGGUUCUGGUCUGGUGAUGGUUGGGCCAGCGCAUCAAAAGCGGACAACGAUCUUUUGUUCGGGUCUGGGGCGAUUGACUUUGCCGGUUCAGGGGUGGUCCAUAUGGUGGGAGGGAUAGCCGGGCUAUGGGGAGCGUUGAUUGAAGGGCCGAGGAUCGGCCGGUUCGACCGGACGGGUCGGUCCGUGGCGCUGCGGGGCCACAGCGCUUCGCUUGUAGUGUUGGGGACUUUCUUGUUGUGGUUCGGUUGGUACGGGUUCAACCCGGGUUCGUUUUUAACGAUAUUGAAAGCGUACGACACGGAGGCCGGUCCGUAUUACGGGCAGUGGAGCGCGGUGGGGAGGACGGCCGUGACGACGACGCUGGCGGGGUGCACGGCGGCGCUGACGACGCUGUUUGGGAAGCGGUUGUUGGUGGGGCACUGGAACGUGAUAGACGUGUGCAACGGACUGCUCGGCGGGUUCGCGGCGAUAACUUCGGGGUGUGCCGUUGUGGAGCCGUGGGCGGCGAUCGUGUGCGGGUUCGUGGCCGCGUGGGUGCUCAUAGGGGCCAACAAGCUCGCCUCGGUCUGCAAGUACGACGACCCGCUCGAGGCGGCUCAGCUCCACGGCGGGUGCGGCGCGUGGGGGCUGAUCUUCACCGGUUUAUUCGCCAAAAAGAGCUACGUCAACGAAGUCUACCCGGGCCUCCCGGGCCGCCCGUACGGGCUGUUCAUGGGCGGCGGGGGAAAGCUACUCGCGGCGCAGAUCAUCCAGAUUCUGGUGAUUUUCGGGUGGGUUUCCGCCACCAUGGGGCCGCUGUUCUACAUGCUACACAAGCUCAAUCUGUUGAGAAUCUCGUCGGAAGAUGAGACCUGCGGAAUGGAUCUGACGAGGCACGGCGGGUUUGCGUAUGCGUAUAACGAUGAAGACGACCCGUCAUCACACUAUCCGGGAAUCAAAAUGAGGAGAAUCGAACCGUCCAAUACUCCCACACCGGAUCACAAUUCCCACCCGUCGGCGGUAUGACGUACUGCAAAUGCAUGGACCACAGCAACCAAAUUACUUAGCUUUCUUUAAUCAUAUUAUAAAGUGUGCUUUUUAGUGUAAUACUUUAAUGUAGCAGGUUUGUCUGGUUUGGUUUUUGUGGUUUGUCUGGUUUAAUCAUGAGGUGUAUCCUUCACUUCUUGAUUGUAAGUUGUAAGUUGUAACAUGUACAUAAUAAGUACGAGCCGAGGAUGUUUGAUUAGGUUCAACAUAAUUAAUGAAAAAGCCCGUAGUUCCUAUCUGAAUGUA